AUGGACGUGGACAUGGACGUGGACGUGGUCAUGGACGUAGACAUGGACGUGGACGUGGACGUGGACGUGGACAUGGACAUGGACGUGGACAUGGACGUGGACGUGGACAUGGACGUGGACGUUGACGUGGACGUGGACGUGGACAUGGACUUGGACGUGGACGUGGACAUGGACGUGGACGUGGACGUGGAGGACAUGGACGUGGACAUGGACGUUGACGUGGACGUGGACGUGGACGUGGACCUGGACCUGGACGUGGACGACGUGGACACGGACACGGACAUGGACGUGGACGUGGACGUGGAUGUGGACGUGGACGUGGACGUGGACGUGGAGGUGGACGUGGACGUGGACACGGACGUGGACGUGGACGUGGACAUGGACACGGACGUGGACAUGGACAUGGACAUGGACAUGGACGUGGACGUGGACGUGGACGUGGACAUGGACGUGGACGCGGACAUCGACGUGGACGUGGACCUGGACGUGGACAUGGACGUGGACGUGGACACGGACAUGGACGUGGACGUGGACACGGACAUGGACGUGGACGUGGACGUGGAUGUGGACGUGGACGUGGACGUGGACGUGGAGGUGGACGUGGACGUGGACGUGGACGUGGACGUGGACGUGGACGUGGACGUGGACGUGGACGUGGACGUGGACGUGGAUGUGGACAUGGACGUGGACGUGGACGUGGACAUGGACGUGGACGUGGACAUGGACGUGGACGUGGACGUGGAGGACACGGACGUGGACAUGGACGUGGACGUGGACGUGGACGUGGACAUGGACACGGACGUGGACGUGGACGUGGACAUGGACGUGGACGUGGACGUGGACGUGGACGUCGAGGACAUGGACGUGGACGUGGACGUGGACAUGGACGUGGACGUGGACGUGGACGUGGAGGACAUGGACGUGGACGUGGACGUGGACAUGGAUGUGGACGUGGACGUGGACGUGGACAUGGAUGCGGACAUCGACGUGGACGUGGACAUGGACGUGGACAUGGACGUGGACGUGGACAUGGACGCGGACGUGGACGUGGACGUAGACAUGGACGUGGACGUGGACGUGGAGGACUUGGAUGUGGACAUGGACGUGGACGUGGACGUGGACGUGGACAUGGACGUGGACAUGGACGUGGACGUGGACAUGGACGUGGAUGUGGACGUGGACGUGGACAUGGACGUGGCAUGGACGUGGACAUGA